AUGGCGAACUACCCGCCAUCAGCGCCUUUCUUUGGCAUGCCGCCAUUCACCCAACCUUUUCCCUCGCAGAGCGCGCCGCCACCGCCGCCUCCGAGCGGCGGUCCUGUCUUCCAGAAUGCUCCGCAAUUACCGCCGCAGCAGCCAUCCCAGCAGCAGGCACAUGGGGCGUCUGGCUUUCAGCAGAACGCGUCCCUCCCUACCCCGGACUUCCAGGCACUUGGGCUGAGCCCCAGCCAACUCGCGGCGCUUUGGCAGCAUGUUCAGAGCGGCGCUCCUCCACCCCCGCUACCUUUUCCGCCUCCGUUCACCCCGCAGUCUGGCUUUGCCCCUCCGCCGCCCCCGCCGAUCCCCUUUCCACCUGGCUUUCAGCCUCCAGCCGUACCUUCCUUCCCUCUUCCACCUCGGCAGGCACUCCCUGGACUCACCCCAGUGCCACCGCUGCCGGCGGCUUCAGCGGCACCACCUGCUUCCAACAGAAUAAUGGAGAUCGUCCAUGGGGACAAAGAGGAAGGGGAGCUUAGUGAUGAGCCCGGCUCUCAGGACGAGCCGGGGCGCUCAUGGCCGCGAGAGGGCAACCAGCGCGUUGGAAAAGGAACCGCAGGAAACGAGAAGCACAGUAACGGCAUGCCUGCAGACAGUGGGAGGCCGAGGUCUUCUCAAUGGCCGGACCAACGUCGCAACCGCGCCUCCCUCCAAUCGAGAGAUCGUCCAUACGGCGAGAUUCCGGCUGAGACGCCACAUCACCCCAUAAAUAACGAGACUACAGGCCUCACGAGGUCGCAACAUUUCGAGACUUCCGUUGAGCACUCUCGUUUAGACCGGAAAGAGUUCGAAAGUCGGAGACGAGAAGCCGAGACGUUUCUUACCGUCCUACACAACUGUGGGUAUGGAUAUACGGAUUUGCAGAAGUACGGCCUCGAUCCAAAGCUUGUGAAGGAGACUUGGACGUCGCUUGGACUUCCUCUCGAUCAGCCAUCUCUUGACGGUAGGCGUAGCUCUGCUGCGGAGUCACGGGCUACGCAAGCACCACCCUCGCAGCCGAAGCCUAGUCCAGCAUCUACUUCAGUCUUGCCAGCGCCGCAAGCGCCACCGCCCAUUCAACUUCCAUCUAGGCCUCAACCUACUGUAGGUACUGCGGGCAUUAACAAACAAAGUGCGAGCGCAACAGUGUCUUCACCAAUUGAUCGGGCAGCAUACAUCGCCCGUCUCAUGGCCGCGAAAAACAGCAAGGCUUCUACAAAGUCGACGACGGUCGCAUCGUCAUCGGCUACUCCAUCUCCAGCGCCUGCAUCCGCCGCUGUUGUACAGGCUCCACCUGAACUCGAUUCAAUGCCGUCUGUGAAAGCGCAAGAGCCUUCGAAUCAGGAGAACACCUCUGCUACAGAUCCUGCUGUGCUGGCAGCGCAGAAGAAAGAGGCGCAAAAUGAAUUGUUGCGCAGAAAGAUUGAGGCUCUCAAGAUUCCCAAGAAAAAGGCCGAGGAGGAAGCGCGUGCCAAAGCCCAGGCUGUAGCGGCAUCGCUGAGUGCCAGCCGAACGCCAUCAAGUUCUGGUGCAAGUGCGACAGCCAUGCCCAAGUCUGAGAUUCCUGUCCGGCCCAUUCAGCAGGAAGUAGCAACGGCGGUCUCAACACCUCGCAAAGAUGCUCAACCUUCACCAUCACUGCCCCUACAAUCCCCUGGUGGCAUACCGGGUCUCUUUAUGACUUCGGCCGCUUCCCAAGGUGUCCCCCAACCUACCCAAGAUUCCUCGGGCGUGUCAGCGAACAAGGGCCGCAAGCGCCCAGUGGCAUCAGACUUUGAUGAUCUGCAACAGCCUCGGGUGCCGACAGCUUUCAAGCGUCCCUUCGGUCAGAGCCAAAAUGAUCACGAGCAGGUGAUCAUCGAAGUUAGUGACGAUGAGACAGCAGGCAGCAUCAUGGAUAUUGAUGAAGCUGACGAACUGCAGCAGUCUUCUGCUCAGCCAUCCGUUCAACCUCUCAAAGGAGGUGCUAACCGUAAUCUGCCCCCUCUGACAAACUUCCCCUCCCGACCAAACUUGAGCAGACAAGGGUCGGCGCAUUCAACUCCCCCCGCUUCUCAGCCGCCCAUACCGGCCGCGAGGGUCGCCGACCUCAAGCGCAAAGAAGAGGAGCUUGCCGCCUUGAAGAGGCUUAUUGCCGAGAAGGAGCGUCAGCGACUGGCUAAGGCGCAAAAUAGCCGUGCGCAGACUCCGGCAACUCCCACGUACCAACCCUCUCAGACUCCACAACCGGUCUCUAGCCCCGCAGUAAACGCACCUGUCAACAAAGAAGUAACACGCGUGCAGCCGGAUGUUUUUUCUGAGUCGGCAAGCAGAGGAGGGACACCUUCUGCAGCUCUGAGAAGUACUCCGCAAUCUCCAGCAGAGCCUGGCUGGAAACUUCGAAGAAGGGCGGAAAUCCAGUCCGGCAUCUCCGCGUUUGACGCCGAUCUCAAUACCAACAUGAGCAGGCUAGAGCAACUGCGCAGGGAGAUGGAGCAGAUUGAAGCAGAGAACAAGCGACGGCAGCAAGAGAAGGAGUCUCUGAUCAACGAGCUUGAGGGACUUGGCAUCGAUACUGAAGGCAUGCCACAUGAGGAACUUCAGGCUAAGAAGGAUGAGAUCAUGCAUCAGCAACAAGAAGCCAUUGCUGCUGCUGCCGAAGCAUCGGCCGAACAACCUGUCGCCAUCUCUAUGGCCGAGGCAGCAAGUGCACCACAGCCGGCCUCUGCUGACGAGGUGCACCCGAAGGCUGUUGCAUCUGAGGGGAAAGCCCCUUCGGAAAGCUCCGGCGAAAGAAUGUCCAUGUCUGAUGGCGAAAUAGACAACGAAUCAGACACCACAGAAGCAGAGAUGGACAUGUCUGAUAGUGAUGCCGAAAGGGAUGAGCCUGUCCGGAUUCAAACGGCAUCCAACACGGAGAUGGGCCAAGCACCGAAGGCUCUGCCAGAGCCUGCAACUGCGGAAGAAACUCGGCCGUCAGCCCCAUACCCUGUUGAGACAUCUGAGCAAGAAGACACAGAGGAUUUUUAUUCUCCUGAGCCUAAGCCCAAGCAUUUCAACUCAAGCCUCGGGCCAGAGAUUGCCCAAAUGGAUCACUCAUCGGCAAAGAGCAACGACCCGAGCCUUCAGGCAAAUGACGAUGGCGCCACAGAAGAUGUGGAUAAUUAUGUGCCACCAGGCAACGUGGAACACCAAGCUUCUGAGUCCGGGUCCAUUUCAUCUGCUUCGCCGGAGGCAUCUCAGGCGGAACCUCAAGCACCAAGCCAGGAGCACGAAUCGGGACAGCUAAGUGAUGUGGCCCUUGAAAGUGAGGGCGACGCUUGCAUGGAGCUUUUUGAGUCCACAACGGAUAUUCCGCAGUCUGGAUCCACAAGCCAAGGAGCGACGGAUGGAUUGCAGACCGGUGACGCCUCGUCAGAAGCCAUGGAUGAAGAUGAGGAUGAGUAUGAUCCUUCGGACAUGCUCCCUCAUCCGUCUCCUUCGGUUGCAGCAAGCGACUACCCAACACCUCAAACCUCAUCUACCGACGCCAUGGCCACGCACAUGGCACCUCAGUCAGUCACUGGAAGCCAAGUUUCAGGAGACUCGGGGUCUGGAUCGAGCAGUUCAGCGUCGCGAACGCCGCAAAUAUCCAUCAUUGCGGAUGAAGUAGCGCCCGAGCUUCAAGGGCGAGAACCUGGACCGGAAACGAGCGGCCCAAGUGCGUCUGCACCCAGUGACCCGAAGAAGCACUCGUUUUAUACACCCUACGAAAGCCCGCUCAAACAGUUCAAGGCGUAUCGCUACCACCCGAAUUACUCACAAGAAGUCUCAGGUGGAUAUAGGUCACUUACUUACAGCCACGAUAUUGACCCCAAGACGCCGCUCUGUCCGUUUGAAGCGGCCGGGGGUGUAUGCAACGACAGUGCAUGCGAUGGACAGCACUUCCGCACCAUGGGCAUCAGUGAGGACAAGGUCCUUGUCCAACUCGGAAUUGUGAAUCCCGGACGGACUCCUGAGGAACAGGAGAAGUGGAGAGUGGGCCUGAAGCAAGUGCUGAAAGGUCUACGUGAACAGAACGUCAGGGACGCCGAGUCCGUGGCCGCCGCAAUUACCCAGUACCGCCGAGAGUUCCUUCAGGAUCCCAGCAGAGUGCUCAACAUUUGA